AAAAGAGACGAGGCUGCUUUAAGAGAGAAACAGGAAGUUGUAACUAGAAGCCAUCUGAAUACUAAGCCAGGGCAGAACGCUUGUGAAGUAGCUAGUAAGUGGCAGUGUUUCUUCUGAAAUUCUCAGGCAGUCAGAUCAUCUUAAGCAAAUCUUGAUAAAAUAGCCCUUAUCCAGGUAGUUAUCUAAGGAAUACCAAGGAGACUGGAGAAUGGAGAGACAGCCACGGGCUAUGUCAGAAAGGGAUGCGUAUCAGUUUCAGCAUCAGGGAGCGGUGGAGCUGCUUGUCUUUAAUUUUUUGCUCAUCCUUACCAUUUUGACAAUCUGGUUAUUUAAAAAUCAUCGAUUCCGCUUCUUGCAUGAAACUGGAGGAGCAAUGGUGUAUGGCCUCAUAAUGGGACUAAUUUUACGAUAUGCUACAGCACCAACUGAUAUUGAAAGUGGAACUGUCUACGAUUGUGGAAAACUAGCCUUCAGUCCAUCAACUCUGCUGGUUAAUAUCACUGACCAAGUUUAUGAAUAUAAAUACAAGAGAGAAAUAAGUCAGCACAACAUCAAUCCUCAUCAAGGCAAUGCUAUACUUGAAAAGAUGACAUUUGAUCCAGAAAUCUUCUUCAAUGUUUUACUGCCACCGAUUAUAUUUCAUGCAGGAUAUAGUCUAAAGAAGAGACACUUUUUUCAAAACUUGGGAUCUAUUUUAACAUAUGCCUUCUUGGGAACUGCCAUCUCCUGUGUUGUCAUAGGGUUGAUUAUGUAUGGUUUUGUGAUGGCUAUGGUAUAUGCUGGCCAGUUGAAAAAUGGAGACUUUCAUUUCACUGACUGUUUAUUUUUUGGUUCACUGAUGUCUGCUACAGAUCCAGUGACGGUGCUGGCCAUUUUCCAUGAACUACACGUCGACCCUGACCUGUACACGCUCUUGUUUGGGGAGAGUGUGUUGAAUGACGCAGUGGCCAUAGUCCUUACGUAUUCUAUAUCCAUUUACAGCCCCAAGGAGAAUCCGAAUGCAUUUGACGCUGCAGCAUUCUUCCAGUCUGUGGGGAAUUUCCUGGGGAUCUUCGCUGGCUCAUUUGCAAUGGGGUCUGCGUAUGCUGUUAUAACAGCACUGUUGACCAAAUUUACCAAGCUAUGUGAGUUCCCGAUGCUGGAAACAGGCCUGUUUUUUCUCCUUUCUUGGAGUGCCUUCCUGUCCGCUGAGGCCGCCGGCCUAACAGGGAUAGUUGCUGUCCUUUUCUGUGGAGUCACACAGGCACAUUAUACCUACAACAAUCUGUCAUUGGCUUCCAAAAUGAGGACUAAACAGUUGUUUGAAUUUAUGAACUUUCUGGCUGAGAACGUCAUCUUCUGUUACAUGGGCCUGGCGCUGUUCACGUUCCAGAAUCAUAUCUUUAAUGCUCUUUUUAUACUUGGAGCCUUUCUAGCAAUUUUUGUUGCCAGAGCCUGCAACAUAUAUCCCCUCUCCUUCCUCCUGAAUCUGGGUCGAAAACAGAAGAUUCCCUGGAACUUUCAGCACAUGAUGAUGUUUUCAGGUUUGCGAGGAGCGAUCGCCUUUGCCUUAGCUAUUCGGAACACAGAAUCUCAGCCCAAACAAAUGAUGUUUACCACCACACUGCUCCUCGUGUUUUUCACUGUCUGGGUGUUUGGAGGGGGAACGACCCCCAUGCUGACCUGGCUUCAGAUCAGAGUUGGUGUGGACCUGGAUGAAAAUCUGAAGGAGGACCCCUCCUCACAACACCAGGAAGCAAAGAACUUGGAUAAGAGCAGGACAAAAACGGAGAGUGCCCGGCUCUUCAGAAUGUGGUAUGGCUUUGACCACAAGUAUCUGAAACCAAUUCUAACCCACUCUGGUCCUCCACUGACCACAACGUUACCUGAAUGGUGUGGUCCAAUUUCCAGGCUGCUCACCAGUCCUCAGGCCUAUGGGGAACAGCUAAAAGAAGACGACGUGGAAUGCAUUGUAAACCAGGACGAGCUAGACAUGAACUACCAGGAGCAAGCUCCCUCACCCUGCAGUCCUCCUGCAAGGCUGAGUCUGGACCAGAAAACCUCACCCCAGACUCCGAGCAAGGAAAACAUUUAUGAGGGAGACCUCGGCCUGGGAGGCUAUGAACUCAAACUUGAGCAAACUCCGGGUCAAUCCCAGUUGAAUUAACUGGCAUGGAGAGUGCAGAUGUAAUCACAAGUCAUGCAAGGCUCAACGAGGAAUAGAAGCCAAGCUGAUGAGGCAGGGCAGGGGAGAGUCUGAAAAUGUAUUAAGAGCAUAAAUUGGAGAGAAUCAAAGCCUUGUCACAUGUAUCCUCUGGUGCCUAAAGAAAUGAAAAUUUAUUAUCAUCCCUUUAUAUUAUGCAACUGAAUUUAAUUUUUUGACAGUGGCCAUCAAGUGGGGGAUAGGGUGGGGGGGUGUCAGGAAUCCAGCUGCUGGAAGGAUGGAACAGAUGUGCUGGGUCUGCAGGGUGUUUCUGUUCUGGAAGCAGCUCUGCAGGCUCUUUGCUUCAAUUUUGGAUUUAGACCCUUUAUUAGGGAGAGUUUCAAAAUAAAAAAAUAAAAAGAGCUUCUGAGGGUCAAAAUUUUGCCCCUGAGCUGAAGGAAAUGGCCAAUGAUUUAGGAAGUGAUAAGUUUUUUGUUUGAGGACUUGUUCUCGAUGACCCUAGGACAGAGCCCAGAGAAAUGUUGUGCCCACUGUUCUUGGCCUCAUGGAACCCACACCGAGUAAGGGAAACUGCUGUUCUUGUUGGCAUCCUUUUCACGCUACUUAUUCCAUGAACCAAAGGGGUUGCUGAGAGCGGGGUGUGCCCUGCACCAAACACAGCGCUGCUUUCCAGCUGGGUGGGACCCCUUCCAGGGAAAGCAGGUUCUCCUCCCCAUCCCAUGUUUUUACCUGAAGAAUGGGCCUUUCUGUCUUUGCUUGCUUGCGAGUCCCUUCUUGGUUGUGCAUCAGGUCCACUCUGUCUGCUGGGUAAUGACAUCCUCCUCAGGCCCAAAGCUUGAAAGUUUCUGAAGCACAGGUGGCUGUCCAUGUAGCAAGAGUCUGUGCAGGGGCCCCAGCCUGCCCCCCAUUCCACACUCACAGCUGAUUAGAGGUGCAGGAGGAGGGGCAAGAGGAGCAGAGCUCAUGAUAGGGAUUAUACUAAGGACACCCCCACACACACCAUAAGGCGAGGCUCACAGCCUGCAUUCCAGAAACCAAUACAGUAUCUUUCAAUUCAGCUGCAUGCCCCCUGUGCCUUUUAAGCCAUAAUGAUACCUCAAGCCUAGCACCUCCUGAAAUGAUGUUAAUAUUAAACUCCAAAAAAGCAGGCUCCGGUCUCAGGUGCCCAGACUAUGAAGAGUCUGCUUUUGAGAGAGGCAGGGAAUGACAUCUUCCUCAGGCCCAAAGCUUGAAAGCAAGUGUGCUUUGCUAACCACUUGUUAGGCCUUAAACAUUAAAUGCGGUGGUGUCAGGUACACUACUAUGCGCGUCUGUUCUCCUGCUUUCCAAGUAGCAGACUCUUGGGCGCAAAUGGUUUUGUACUCAACUAAGGAUAAUUUUGUCAUUUCGGGUAAAUAUGGCAAGCGGUGAGGCAUGAAGUUUUCUAAUAUGAUUUAAUCCUAAUAAAAUUUUGGUAUAAAGUA